CUACAUGUAGGGCACAUAGUUCCUUUCAACAGGAACUAACUCCGCUUCAUGAACAAAGAACCAUCUGUAAACAAAAAUUGUCAGCGCUCUCUCUCCGUAUCCAACAAAUUGAAACAACACUCAAUAUUUUGGAUGCAAAGUUAUCCUCUAUUCCUGGCCUAGAAGAUGUCAAAUUUGAAGUGUCCAGUGCAAAUAUGAAUAGUGUUACAAAUGGUCCUGUGGCACAAGCUAGUGCGGAUCAACAGACAGCUGUAUCACCUCAAUCUGCAAACAAUAUACAUGAAGAAGGGUUACAGAAAACGGAGGUGGUAACAGAAAAUGUCAGAACUGUGGCCAAGGAUCCAAGAUAUGCCAGAUAUCUCAAAAUGGUACAAGUGGGUGUUCCUGUAAUGGCAAUACGAAACAAAAUGAUUUCUGAAGGGCUAAAUCCAGAUCUUCUUGAGACCCCAGAUGCCGCUGUGCCUGCCUGGGGAGAUGAUGGGAAUGCAGAAGACAGUUCUGAUAGUGAAUCUUCAUUUAGUGACUAAAGAGACUGAUUUCAGCCUUUGGAAACCUCUGUUAAGUGCUAAUGUGUUUGGAGCUUUAGCAGACAAUGGUUUUGCAUGGGUCACAUGGGUGACGUGAUUUAUCUGACAACAUUUUUAAGAACUAAGAUCCUCCAUGUUCUCUCCCAGAAAGUUUGAACAGGCAGCAUGUUUCAACCUGAGCCUUUCCACCAUGAAAAUUGGUCAUGAGAUCCUUGCAAUUUUUAUGCUGCAUCAUUUCAGAUUCCUUUCUGAUUCUUCUGAAAUUACUUUGUAAAACUCUAAAAAUUCCAUGCCUCUAAACCUCCAGGUCUCUAAGACUGCAUUCUGGUCAUUAUUGGAUUU